CCAUCUCCCUUUCUUAUUGGCCAUUUUCUUCCGCCCAUGAAACCCCAAACCCUCGCCGGCCUCGCCGCACCCGUGUAGCAGCGUCGCCCCUCCCCCUCGCCGGCGAACCGCGCCACCCGAUCCCGCCCUGCCCUCGCCUCGCCCCGCUCGACACCCCGCCCCAACGACGCAUCCGAUCCCGCCGGAGACGAUGAACGGGGCAGCGACUCCCGAGCCCAAGGCGGCCUCCACCAGCCCGACCCCCCAGGUGCCGCUCGAGUGGAGGUUCUCGCAGGUCUUCGGCGAGCGCGGAGCCGGCGAGGACGUCCAGGACGUUGACAUCAUCUCGACAAUAGAAUUCAAUAAAUCAGGACAUCAUCUUGCCACUGGGGACAGAGGGGGACGAGUUGUUUUAUUUGAAAGAACAGAUGCUAAAGAUGACGCCCCUAGGAAAGAGGCUGAGAAAGCUGAUUAUUCUAUCAGCAGGCAUCCUGAAUUUCGCUACAAAACAGAGUUUCAAAGCCAUGAACCAGAGUUCGAUUAUCUUAAAAGCUUGGAAAUUGAAGAGAAGAUUAACAAGAUAAAGUGGUGCCAAGGAACGAAUGGUGCAUCAUUUCUGCUGUCAACAAAUGACAAGACAAUAAAAUUUUGGAAGGUUCAAGAAAAGAAGGUUAAGAAGAUAUGUGAGAUGAAUUUGGACCCUUCAAAUGCUCCUGCUAAUGGUAGCCCUGCUGGCAAUAAUAUGGUUGGUCCAAGCACGCGCAUACCAAAUGGUGGAUUUUUAAGGCCUGGUGGACCUCCUUUACUCCGCCUGCCUGUGGUAGUUACAAGCCAAGAAAUAAGUCUCGCUGCUAAUUGCCGUAGAGUCUAUGCUCAUGCACAUGACUACCAUAUCAAUUCCAUUUCCAAUAACAGUGAUGGCGAGACAUUCAUAUCAGCAGAUGAUUUGCGGAUAAACCUUUGGAAUUUGGAAAUUAGCAAUCAAAGUUUUAAUAUUAUCGAUGUUAAACCAACGAACAUGGAGGAUCUCACUGAGGUGAUAACAUGUGCGGAGUUCCACCCUUCUCACUGUAAUACAUUGGCAUAUAGUAGCUCAAAGGGCUCCAUUCGACUUGUUGACCUGCGGCAAUCAGCUCUUUGUGAUACUCAUUCCCAACUCUUUGAGCAACAUGAGGCCCCAGGUUCAAGAUCAUUUUUUACUGAGAUUAUAGCCUCAAUUUCGGACAUAAAGUUCUCCAAGGAUGGGAGACAUAUUCUGAGUCGUGACUACAUGACUCUGAAGCUUUGGGAUGUUAAUAUGGAUUCUGGUCCAGUUGCGACGUUCCAGGUUCACGAGUAUCUAAGGCCUAAGUUAUGUGAUUUAUAUGAAAAUGACUCAAUUUUUGACAAAUUUGAGUGUUGUCAAAGUGGAGAUGGGUUGCAAGUAGCAACUGGUUCUUACAGCAAUAUUUUCCGUGUGUUCAAUUGUGGCGCUGGUGGCAGUGAGGUAACAACGCUUGAAGCAACUCGUAACCCUACAAGGAGGCAGAUCCAGAAUCCUGCACGGCCUGCAAGAUCUCUAAGUAGCCUGACAAGGGUUGUAAGACGAGGUGCUGAGAACACCGGAAUAGAUGCCAAUGGAAAUUCGUACGACUUGAGCACAAAACUGCUCCAUUUGGCAUGGCACCCAGACGAAAAUUUAAUUGCCUGUGCUGCAGCCAAUAGCUUGUACAUGUACUAUGCGUAAACACUGGGAAGAGACAGUGGGACAGUUUUUUUUUGUUUAGCUGCUCCCGGUGAGAAGAGUGUCAUCCCUGGUGCGGCAAGCCAGGGAAUCGCUGGAGAUGGUGUAUUUUGGGGCAGUCAGAUGCUGUUCUUUUGAGUUCAAUAUAGAGCUGUCCAAGAGUCCAAGAGGAAGUGACUGGAUCAUUCCCGGGAAGCAGCUUGAUUCUGAUUAAUUUUUUUCAGGGGGAAGACAUGUCUUUCCCCUAUAGGUGCGUUUAGAUUUAAAGAUAAGAUUCUAGUCAACAUUUGGAAGGAACAAAAACUAUUGGGCAUCUCCAGUAGAUGAUAAGGGGAUGAUCUGCCGUUGUAUUCAUGUUGGAAUCAUGGGGCUUGUAACUUCAGGACAUGGGUGUUGGUGUUUUUGAUAAUUUUAUCUUUCAAAAUGAUAUUUCUCAUUUUCCACCUA